AUGCCUUCCAAGAUUCAACUCGACGAGAACCUGUGGUUCCUCUAUAUCUGCCUCCAGAAGUCAGAUUUGAAAGCCAUUGACUUCAACGCCGUCGGCCUCGCCACCUCACUCAAGCCUCCGGCAGCACGAAUGCGCUACACACGCCUAAAACGUCAAAUCGAGUCCGGCCUCCUCCUCACGCACACCACGCCCGCAGCGCCUUCCUCGCCCACCCUGUCGCCCUCCCCCCAACCCUCUUCCCUUUCACAUCCCCACUCAUCAUCUCCAUCAACCUCUGCUUCAUACUUUAAAGCGGCUCCGAUCGCAGUGAAACGUAAACGCGCGAUCAAAAAAUCCCAAGAAAGCAGUGGCGGCGGCGGCGGCGGGAACAGCUCUGACGGCGGGGACGAGAAACACCUUCCCCCUCACCACUCGCGCUACCGUUCCCAUCCCUCUCACCUCGGGCCCGGAAACAGCAAGCCCGCAAACAAAGCCAAGCGGGAAAAACAAAAGAGUGAAAUCAAGACGGAGCACAAAAGCGACUGGUCCUCUGCCGCCUCCUCCCCCUUCUCUUCCUUCUCCGGCUCCUCAUCAGCUUCAGCCUCCAACUCCGAAGACGAGAUUCCGCUGCGCAAGCGCCGCGCUCUGGCUCACGCUCAUACGCAGGCACAUGCUGCUCAGCAGAGGUCUGCUGCUCCCUCGCCUUCUCAGCCAGCCACGCAGAUGGUAGCUCCCGGACAGGGUAUGGAGAUGGCGAUGGGGCAGGGAGCUAUGCAGGGUUACAACACGUACGCGCAGGCUCCGCGGGUGCAGCUUGGCAGUGAGGGUGAUCGUGGUGUCGCACAUGGACUUGCGAAUAUGGGGUAUACGGGCCGAGGCGUGUAUGCGAGUCCGUACGUGGGGUUCAUUGAUGGGAGGCCGACGCCGGAUGCGAUGGGCAUGCCGGCGCCUGGCGGCUUAGGCCUGGGCUCGAGCUUGGGGUUUGAGAAUGGGCUGCCGCGGCCUGGGUUGGAGGGAGAAAUGGAGCGGGAAGUGGGUGAGCAGAGGGAAGAGGGCGGAGAGAAUGUUGAGGGCAGGGGAUGA